AUGGCCAACGUUCCUCAUGGUGGCAUCCUUAAAGAUUUACACGCUCGAGAUGCUUCAAAACAAGAUCAAUUAUUAGCUGAAGUUGAAAAUUUACCUUCCAUCGUUUUAUCUGAUCGUCAAUUAUGCGAUUUGGAAUUAAUAAUGAAUGGAGGUUUUUCGCCAUUGGAAGGAUUUAUGAAUCAGAAGGAUUAUCAACGUGUCGUUAAAGACCUCCGAUUAAGUAAUGGAUUAUUGUUUUCUAUGCCAGUUACUCUUGAUGUAUCGCAAGAGGAUAUUGAUAAAUUAGGUUUGAAACCGAAUAAGAGAGUAGUUUUACGUGAUUCUCGUGAUGAUUCACCACUAGCCAUCAUAACUAUACAAGACAUAUAUACACCUGAUAAAAUUGAAGAAGCUAUCAAAGUUUUUGGUGAUAAUGAUAUCGCACAUCCUGGAGUAAGAUAUUUGCAUGAACAAACGAAGGAAUUCUAUAUGGGCGCUACUAUCGAAGCCAUUCAAGCUCCAAAUCAUUACGAUUAUGUUGCUCAUCGAUACACUCCGGCAGAACUUCGUGCUCAUUUCAAAAAACUUCAUUGGACUCGAGUUGUUGCUUUUCAAACACGUAAUCCUAUGCACAGAGCUCAUAGGGAGUUAACAGUUCGAGCAGCACGUAAUAGGCAAGCAAACGUUUUGAUUCAUCCUGUAGUUGGUUUAACCAAACCAGGUGAUAUCGAUCAUUAUACAAGAGUAAGAGUUUAUCAAGCUCUUAUGCCUAAAUACCCUAAUGGAAUGGCUGCAUUAAGUUUAUUACCGUUGGCCAUGAGGAUGGGAGGUCCAAGAGAAGCCGUUUGGCACGCCAUCAUCAGAAAAAACUUUGGUAACACGCAUUUUAUUAUUGGAAGAGAUCAUGCCGGACCCGGAAAGAAUUCUAAAGGUGCCGAUUUUUAUGGUCCUUAUGACGCGCAGAAACUUGUCGCGGAAUAUAAAGAUGAAUUAAAAAUUGAGGUGGUACCAUUCCAAAUGGUAACAUAUAUUCCUGACUCAGAUGAGUAUAUGCCAGUGGAUGAAGUGCCAGAAGGUACAACGACAUUAAAUAUUUCUGGCACAGAACUAAGAAGAAGAUUAAGAACGGGUGGACAUAUUCCUGAAUGGUUUUCCUACCCUGAAGUUGUAAAGGUUUUAAGAGAAACUCACCCUCCAAGAUCUAAACAAGGAUUUACAUUAUUUUUAACCGGUUAUUAUAAUUCUGGUAAAAAUUCUAUUGGCAAAGCUUUGCAAGUCGUUUUAAAUCAACAAGGCGGUAGAUCCGUUUCUUUAUUGUUGGGUGAAACUAUUAGACACGGAAUUUCUUCUGAAUUGGGAUUCUCCAAAAAAGAUCGGGAUCAAAACAUAGCUCGUAUAGCUUUUGUAUCAGCGGAACUUACAAAAGCUGGUGCCGCUGUUAUCGCAGCCCCGAUUGCUCCAUUCGCUGAAGCACGUGCUAAUGCUAAAUCGCAUAUUGAAACCUAUGGAGGUUUCUAUUUAAUUCACGUUAAUACUCCUCUUGAACAUUGUAUCAAGACCGAUAGAAAAGGUAUUUACAAGAAAGCACAAUCCGGUGAGAUAAAAAAUUUCACUGGAGUUGAUGAUCCUUAUGAAGCACCAGCUGAUGCAAGUAUCACCGUUGAUGUCAGUAAACAAAGUAUUAGUGAAAUUUGUCAUCAAAUUGUAUUGUUACUUGAAAAAGAUGGGUAUAUUGGAGAAAGAUAA